AUGAUUGAAUUCUCGCUCGACCUCCCGAUCUGCAACACCUGCGGAGCGCAGUUCGGCACCACUUCACCUCCCAAAACGUGUCCCGUCUGCGACGACCCCAGACAAUGGGUUCCGCCGUCAGGACAAUCGUACACGACGCUCGGCGCGCUGCAGACGUCAGAGGAGAAGUACCAUAAUGUGAUUGAGCCGGAUAGCAACGAUGCGGAUUUAUACUCAGUCUACACGGUCCCGCAUUUCGCGAUCGGGCAGCGCGCGGUGUUGAUGGUGCGGGACGGGGGAAAGGCGAACGUGCUUUGGGACUGCAUUUCGUAUAUCGACAGCGACACGGUGGACAAGAUCACCGCGAUGGGCGGUAUCUCUGCGAUUUUCAUCUCUCACCCGCAUUUCUACUCGUCGCAUGUGGAGUGGGCGCGCGCGUUCGGGUGUAAAGUCUACAUCUCGUCUUACGACAAGCAGUGGGUCAUGCGUUCGAGCCCGGACGACCAGGUAUUCUAUGACGAGGACGUGGUGUCGGUUGAGGAUCAGGCGAAGGCGGAUAAGCUUACGAUCGUGCGGGUGGGAGGGCAUUUUCCUGGCAGUGCGGUGUGCUUGUGGAAGGAGACGCAUUUGCUGGUUGCGGAUUCGAUCGGGAUUGUGCUCAGCGGAUUGGGGGAGAGAGAGCGGUUGCCAGGGACUAUUACGUUUACAUUUAUGUGGAGUUAUCCAAACAUGAUCCCGCUAUCGCCGGACGCGGUAUUCGACAUAUGGAAAGCAUUGAAGCCGUUUAACUUUGAAAUCAUGCAUGGCGGAUGGGCAGAUAAGGUCGUUAAGACGGACGUCAAGAAACGACUGCUGGAGAGCUGUAAAAUUUUCGUGGAGAAGAUGGGGUAUACGCAGCAUGCUGUGUUUGAGGAGGAGCUAUAG